AUGCCCCUUGUAUCCCUUGGUCUUGCUGAUGCUGACGCUCCUCAGUGUUCUAUCUGCUCCAAUGCAGAAACAGGAGUUGCAAGGGCCAAAGAAUUCAUUCAAAGGCAGCUCCACCACCUUACACUAAUGUCCCAGACACCUCCGAGUCAUGCAUCAAUGAAUGUUCCCAAGAAGUUUUCCAAGAAUACUGAUAUUGGCCAUACUAGAGCACCACCAACUACCGGCUUUUCAGAACAGAUGCUAGACCCAGUGCUACAUGAUACAAGCCAGGCUAAGUUUCAAUUAAUUAGAGUACAUAGCAGUGCUAAUAAAGAAGACAGGGAUGAAGAAGAAAAUGAAGAUGAUAAAAACAAUGAAGAUGAUGAGGACAAUGAAAAUGAUGGAGACAACCCAAACAAUGGAGACAAGGAGAAUGUGGGCCCAGAGGGAGAGAUGAGAGAGCAGGAGAUUUGUUGGGGGGAGGUUGGGUUUUCCAGGGAAGAGCUCCCUUCAUGUACCCGCCUCCCUCCAAGUCGCUGUCUUACGCCUGAGUUCGAAUUUACAUUCUCCCAUGACAAGGACAACACAGCAGCCCAGACAAGUCUCACUAACUCCACAAGGCGACCUGGAAUGGAGUCUCAAGGUCCUUCCUCAUAUGUCCAGCAGCAUGACACUUCCCAAGGCCUUCCGGAUCCAAUGAGGUCCAACAAGCCGACUCAGUGUUCCAAAGUCCAAGGAUCAAAGAAACCCAGUAAUGGACCAAAGCCUACUCAACUUGCCUGGUACAGGCCAUGCUGGAAAAGUUUUCUUGAGGAUGUUAAAGGCAAAUGUCACACAAUUCACACAUCGGAGAAUCCAUUUCUGACCCUCGUCAAAGAUCUAUCAGUCUCUGUUGCUGAGGUUCUGGUUGCAGUUUUGAUCACAUGGGAUAAGGACGGUAAAAAAUUUGAGGAUGGGAUUUGGCCAGAGCAUAAGCCUGACAUGGAGCGGCUGAAGACUGUUAUGAGCAUUGUGCCUGUACAAUACUCACUCAUCCCUCCACCUUCUGUUCCUGCUCAACAGUCUGCAGGGUGGAUCAAAACUGCUGCUGUUGCAUUACUUGAAAAUUCACUUUUCUUGUGUCAUGGAGUUGAUAGAAUGUUCAAUUGUAUCUUGGAUGGUCUCAAAAAGAAUGGUAAUGGAAAAUAUUACCCUAAGUUCACUGCAAAUGAAUAUGGCCCUAUAUACCGCAAGAUGCUCCAGCUACUGAGUGACAUCAUGAAGGAUUGUUACCAUGGCCCUGUCAUGUUAGCGCAGCUCUGGGAAUGGGCCCAAGCGGGGUGGGCCAAACUUUUGAAGGUUGAUGGAGAUGUAGGGGCAAGUCAUGACCACCUGCAGAUUUUUCUCGAUUAA